AUGAACAUUAAAUCACUUCUCGCGACUGCGUCGCUCUUUACUCUUGCCCUCGUACAGGCCCAGAACAACAAUGAUGCGGGAGGGACCACGCUGGACCCAGCGGUUGUACAGGCCGGUUCAGGCGUUGAUGGGCUGAACUCUCUUGGUGUCGAUGCAGGUCAGACGGCUUCGCUGACCUCGAACAACAAUUUCAUCAACUUUUGCAAGGGCAAGACCCUCACCAAUGGCUUCCAGAAUACAGCGGGAUCUUGCAAUGGCAUCGUCAUGGGUCAGAUCCCCGCAAAGAGCAACAUGGUUACUUGCGUGAUCACGAACCCUCAGAAUGGCGCAUCCGUUGAGUCGGGCCAGACCUUUAAUAUCACUGUCCAGGUCCUGAACCUGAACCCUGGGUCCUUUACCAAUGCCGCCGCUACCUACUAUGCGGCCCCCCAGGUAGUAAAUCCAAACGGUAACGUCGAGGGACAUACUCACGUUACCGUCCAAGAUACGGGCAGUAAUUUAAACCCCACCCAACCGAUGGACCCCACUGUAUUUGCCUUCUUCAAGGGAAUCAACGACAAGGGCAACGGCGCCGGCACUCUUUCAGCCGUCGUGACCGGGGGGCUUCCAGCCGGCAACUACCGUGUUUGCACCCUGACAUCUGCUUCUAACCACCAGCCGGUGGUCAUGCCCGUAGCCCAGCGGGGUGCCCAGGACGACUGCGUCAGAUUCACUGUGACCGGGAACGGCAAGACUGUCAAUGAUGCCGCAAGUGACGGUGCAAAGGGCAAAGCCACCGCAGCGCAGAUUGCGCAGGCCAUUACUCUUGGCCCCGGUGCUCCCAACCCGGGUGGAAACGCAAACGCUGGACAGGCUGCCAAUGCAAAUGGAAACGCAAACUCGACCGCCGCUGCUACCAACGGCAACGCCGGCAACGGCAACGGUAAGGGCAAGGGGAACAACGGCAAGGGGAACGAGAACAACAACGGCAAUGGCAAUGAUCAAAACGGUGAAGGGAAGGGUCAAGGCAAGGCCUCGCGUCUCGCACGUCUCGUACGCCUAGCAAGGCGCCGCCAGUUGGUCUUUUAA